AUGUUUGCAGUUCCUGGUUGGUCGGUUUCUGCCGCCAAUCUCAAGGCAGAGAGUGCGAGCCAGGGCCCUAAAGGUGACAGCAGCAAUCAGGAUGCCGAUGCCAAAUCGAAGAAGCGGAAGCGUCCGUCUGGACCCCCUGCUGUGACUUCUGCCAAUGUUUCAGAUCUCUGGGAACGUGUCAUAGAAGGCAAACGAGUAAAGAAGCCCAGGGCUGAUUCAGCUGAUCAGAAGGAUCCAAAGAAGCCCAAGCAGGGCCCAGAUGGAGUCAUUUCAGAGGACGGUAACGUUUUGGAAGGUGAUAGAGCAAGGGAUGGCGCCAAGAAAGGAGCACAAGCUGCAUCGAAAGGUGGCCCUGGUGUGACCAAGAAGGAAAAGAAGAAGCAGAAGAAGGCUAAGGAGACUCGACCAGAUGGUCAGGAGGACGGCGAAUCCAAGACUGAAACGACCCAAUCAAAGAACCCGAACAGCGCUUUAACCAAGGGGAGCAAGCAGGUGGCUGUUGCGGCUCCUGCUCCUCCUCCGGCUCCAAAGCUUACACCAUUACAAGCAGCUAUGAGAGAGAAGCUCAUAUCAGCUCGCUUCCGACACCUCAAUGAAACGCUGUACACCAAGCCGUCGGUCGACGCGCUUCAGCUCUUUGAGGAGUCCCCUGAAAUGUUCAAUGAGUAUCACGAGGGCUUCCGCCGGCAGGUCGACGUCUGGCCCGAGAACCCCGUUGACGGCUACAUUGAGGAGAUCAAGCUCAGAGGCAAGUCCCCGCUGGCCACCAGCACCGGUGGCGUCGUGCCCUUCCCGCGGACUCGCGAGGUGUGUACGAUUGCGGAUUUGGGCUGCGGCGACGCCAAGCUCGCACAGGCUCUGCAAUCGCACAAGAACUUGGGUCUCAACAUCCUUAGUUACGAUCUUCAGAGUCCCAACCCCCUGGUGACAAAAGCGGACAUCGCGAAUUUGCCAGAACACGACGGCAGCGUCAACGUGGUCAUCUUCUGCUUGGCGCUCAUGGGCACCAACUGGCUCGACUUCAUCGAGGAGGCCUACAGAAUCCUUCACUGGAAAGGCGAGCUGUGGAUCGCCGAGAUCAAGAGUCGAUUUGCACCCGUUAUCAAGGGCAAGAAGGGGGGUGUGGUCUCGCAUAGUGUUGGGAACAGGAAGAAGCUGGGAAAGAAGGGCAAGGGCGGCAAGGACGAGCCAGAGGAGUCCCACGACGCGGAACUGAUGGUGGAGGUCGAUGGCGGUGAUGACAGGAGACAGGAGACUGAUGUCUCUGCCUUCGUUGAGGCCCUCCGCAAGAGAGGGUUUGUUCUGCAGGGAGACGUCGAUCUCAGCAACAAGAUGUUUGUGAAAAUGCGUUUCCUCAAGAACACUCAGCCAGUGGUGGGUAAGGGAGUCGUUGAGCAGAGAGACUCGGGCCGGGGCGGUGCAUACAAGAAGCCGGUGAAGUUCCUUGAUCCGGCGGAUCAACCCAAGGUGGACGAAAGCAGCAUCUUGAAGCCCUGUGUCUACAAGCUCCGGUGA